GUUUUGUCGCUCGCUGGCGCUGACGCCUCGACGAUGGCGCGCGUGCUCCUGCCUGCAGUCCUGCUCGCUGGCGUCCUUCGUGCGGGGAGCGCCACCUGCGACACGGACACGGGGGGCCACUGCAACCUAUUCGCGUGCCACCCGUCGCGCGGCCCGACGUACUGCUCCGUGUCGGGCGACUUCGCGUGCACGUGCCUCCCUGGUCACUGCAGCGAGGGUGGCAGGUGCGUCCGCGACCCCGAGUUGCCCGAGCACUGCGACGUCGACCAGAGCAGCGAGUCGACGUGCUCGUUCCUCAAGGCCUGCGACGGGGCGGCGGAGGUGUGCACGGGCCGCAUGUACGGCGUGUGCAUGUGCCAGGAGAGGAAAAAGGCUUCUGCAAGAACAAGGCCACCGGGGUCUGCACCAACGCCACGGCUGGCGCAUCCGGCACGAUCGCAGCCGCGCUCGUCGAGAGCGCGGCCGCCGACGAGGUGCAGGGCGGCGCGACCCAGAGUCUCGUCGCUGCCAUCGCUGCCGCCGGAGCUUGCGCCCUUGCUAUGCUCACCGCGAUCGCGCACCGGCUUCGGCAGCGCACGGCGAUGA